GAUCCUUCUAGACCAGGGAUCAAUCAAACCUGCGUCUCUUGCAUUGGCAUGUGGGUUCUUUACCACUGAGCCUUGAGUGCAGCCCACCACUUUUGUGAGACUAUUUUCAAAUGUUUAUAUAAAUGGAAUGAUUAUUGGGUCCUUGCCCUAUGUUACAUCAUCUAUCUUAUCAUGCAAGUUUUUUGUGUUUUUGUAGCAUCAUGUACUUUUGUGUUUUUUAAAUUUAUAAUCCCAGGUAUCAUGUCAUUGCAUACAUCUUAGAAUGCAUUUGUAAACUAAGAGAGCCCUUAAUGUAACUCCAGUAACUUUAUUGCACAUGAAAGUAUUCUAAAUAUUGCUGCAUGUUAGCCCAACAGGGGACACAGUGUGACAGAGUUUGAAUGCUGACCACCCUUCCAUUGCGGCUGGAUCUACAAACUCAUGUACCACGGCACAAAGGGGAAUGAGAUAUGAGAUCUUGUUGGAAGAUAACAGUGGGAAUUUCAGACCCAGCACAGCAGGUUUGGCCAGAGAAACACACAAAUACUCCAGAGAGAUGUUGGGAUAGGCGUGUGAGAUGGAUGACCAAAGUUCUGGGCUUGUUACAAUAGGAGUGAAAGAUUGAGUUCAAUGUUACAGUAAAGACAGCUGAGAAUUUAUAGCCAAGAAGAAAUGUUAGGGGACAGUGGAUGGAAAAACACUGGCAUGAAACACCGUAAGGGCUGUUCUUUGCAAGCCAACUUAAGACUCUUGCCAUAGAAAUCCGAUAUUAAGCGUAGGAAACAGGUGUUUGACUAGAUAUCAAUGUGGAAGUUAUACUUGCUAAGUUGCUUUAUCUCUUGUUAGGUUUCAUCAAGCCUGUUAGAUAUCAACUUUCUGCAUUCCCAUUCAGGGUAUUGUAGACUUUUUUCUUAAAUGACUUCAACACUUCGCUGCAUACAUUUCAAGAGCAAUAGGAUAAUGUAUGUUUACUUCCAGUUACCAACGGAUGCCAAGUAGGUUUGGUUUCAAGGAGUCUGAGAUUAUAACACUUAAGUGAUCAGUAGCAUUAAAUAAUUAAAAGUAAAGCAUUAAAGGAUAGGCUGCUGUGUAGCACCCUAUUUUCGUUCCCUCAUGGGGCCCCCAUCCUCUUUAGAAUUGUGGAACUACCCUCCUCCACCUCAGGUGAUUUCUCUGCGAUCCUCGCGGUGCCGCUGCGCUUUUUUUCUUGGGGCUUCCAGAGUGGGGCGCAAUUGCUCGAGGCUGCGGCACUACAUUAUCCAGGAGAUUUUGCGCUAAAGCCACCUUCAGCCAAUGAAAUUCCAAAGCCGGUGCAUUUCCUAGAGGCGGAACAUCCGGUAGUGGGACUUCCGGCGUUUCGGUGGCUGACAUUUUGGUCGCUGCCGGGACUGUGGAGCUGGUCAGAAGCUCCGGAGUGUGUUGUUGGAGAGGGAGGUGACGGGCUAAGGCGAAGUUGGACGCUUUGUCCCUACUGCGCAGGGUUGCAGGCGUCGCCGUCGGCCGAGAAUAACCGUGCCGAGUCCGACUCGGUUGUUCGAGUGUUGUCGCUCCGCCCACAGGCUACUAUGGCGGCGGCUGCGCUGUCGGCUCUACAUCAGGGCAGUGUGACCUUUGAGGAUGUGGCCAUGUACUUCUCCUGGGAGGAAUGGUGUCUUCUUGAUGAGGCUCAGAUACAGCUGUACCUCGAUGUCAUGCUGGAGAACUUUGCACUUGUAUGCAUGCUGGGUUCUUGGCAUGGAGUCCAGGAUGAAGAGACACCAUCUGAACAGAGCAAAUCUGCAAGAGUGUCACAGUUUCGCACUCCCAGGGCAUGUUUGUCGCCUGAGAAGGCCCAACCUUGUAAGAUGUGCAUCCCAGUCUUGAGAGACAUUUUGCACUUGGCUGAAGAGCAAGGAACAAACAGGGAGCAGAAAGUAUACACAUGUGCGGCCUGUGGGAAAGAAUUCUAUUUUACUGCAAACAUUCAACAGCACCAGAAGCAGCACGUUAGAGAGAAUCCUUUCCUAUGUAAUACUGAGAGACCCUCAUUCUUGAAGACCUGCACAGUUCACCCAGCAGGAAAUUUCUCUACCUACUUGGAGACUGGGAAUGACUUCAUGGCCAUCAUGGGAGUUCAGCCACAGGCCACUAAUACUGGAAAGAAACUGAACAACAGUAAGGAGUGUGAGGUUGUUUUUCACAGUGGAGAAAGUCAUCACAGUUUGGGAGCAGGUAAGAUAGUUUCCAGCCACACAGACAUACUUGUAGAGGAUGAGAGAGUCCUCAUUAGUGAGGCAUUUUGUGAGGUAAACAAAUGUGAGAAAGCUGGCACCCAAAGAAGUAAUCUUAUUCAGCAUGUGCAAGUUCACACUAGAGAAAAGGCUUACAAAUGCAGCCAGUGUGAAAAAUUUUUUGCCUAUAAAUCCAGUUGCCUUGCACAUCAGAGAGUUCACACUGGAGAAAGGCCUUAUGAGUGCCCUGAAUGUGGGAAAUCUCUUGCUAAUAGGUCGACCCUCUCUUAUCACCUGAGACUUCACACUGGAGAAAAGCCUUAUAAGUGCAGUGAAUGUGGGAAGUCUUUUCCCGCUCGGUCAAGCCUUUGUCAUCAUCAGAGAGUUCACACUGGAGAAAAGCCUUGUGAGUGCAGUGAAUGUGGGAAAUUGUUUAGCCGGAAUGAGCAUCUCAGAGACCAUAAGAACAUGCACUCUGGAGAAAAGCCUUUUGCGUGCAAUAAAUGUGAGAAAUCUUUCACUAGUAGCUCCAGUCUUCGUCAUCAUCGGAGAGUUCACACUGAAGAAAGGUCUUAUGACUGCAAUAAAUGUUGGAAAUCUUUUACCAGUAGGUCCGGCCUUCGUUACCAUCAGAGAGUUCACACUGGAGAAAGGCCUUAUGAGUGCAGUAAAUGUGCAAAAUCAUUCACAACUCAGUCAACCCUUUCUAAUCAUCAGAGAAUUCACAGUGGAGAAAGACCUUUUAAGUGCAGUGCAUGUGGCAAGUUUUUUAGCCAAAAGGUACAUCUUAGUGCCCAUAUGAAUGUUCACACUGGAGAAAAGCCUUAUGAGUGCAAUAAAUGUGGGAAAUCUUUUACAAGUAGGUCAAAACUUUGUACUCAUUGGAAAGUUCACAUUGGAGAAAGGCCUUUUAAGUGCAGUGAAUGUGGGAAAUGUUUUACUAGUACCUCAAGCCUUCUUUGUCAUCAGAGAGUACACAAUGGAGAAAACCCAUAUGAAUGCAGUGAAUGUGGAAAAUCUUUUGUUGGUUCGAGUAGCCUCCGGUAUCAUCAGAGAGUUCACAAUGGAGAAAAACCUUAUGAAUGCAGUGAAUGUGGGAAAAAUUUUACUGCUCGGUGGACGCUUCAUGAUCAUCAAAGAGUUCACACUGGAGAAAGGCCUUAUAAGUGCAGUGAAUGUGGAAAGUAUUUUUCUAAUAGCUCGAGCCUUCUUCGUCAUCAUAGAGUUCACACUGGAGAAAGACCUUAUAAGUGCACUGAAUGUGGCCGAUCUUUUACUACUCAAACACAUCUCUAUGAUCAUCACAGAGUUCACACUGGAAAAGGCCUACGAGUGCAGUGAAUGUGGGAAAACUGUUUAGCAAAAACAGUGCUUCUUCAUCCAUUGGAAAGUUCAUACUAGAGAAAAGCUUUGUGAGUGCCAGGAAUAUGUUAAAUCUUUCACCCGAAGGUGCUGCAUGAUUAAAUAUCAGCGAGAUCACACUGGAGAAAUGGUUUUAUGAAUAUUGCAAAUAUUUCUGGCAGUGAUGCUGAAGAAGUUUGAGGUGGUAACAGUGGGCAGAACCUCUGGAGCAAAUGGACCCUUUUUAGAGAGGAAAGUGAGGCACAGAGACACUGAAUCACCUGUUUGUGAUCUCCUUAGGACGGACAGGGAUCUGGGAUUUCAUGCCAGGUUGCCUGGUAUAGUUUUCAGUGAGUCUGCUCACCGUUCACCCCAGGUUUGGGAACUUGAAGAACAUCUUGUCCAUCCUUAACCCUUCUGCCACCCUGCCACACACACACACAGUGCACCACCCCAUGAGCCCUGCUUAUACCCCAGCCUCAUGCUGAUUGCACAGGAUUAUAUUUUCUCUGGAAUCAGCAUUGAUUACUUUUCUGUGGAUGACUCCAUUUAUCUACCCAUCUGAACCAAUGCUGUGAUUCAGUUUUUAUCAUUGUCUUCUGAUAAGGAAGGGCUGUCCAGCUCUGAGAGGCGGGGGGACUUCCAUAGGAGCUCACUACUGCCACAUCUUUCAUGAGAGUGGUUAUACUGCACAUGUCCACUGGCUUCUCUUCUUCCCCUCAGAGCAGGCACUCCAUCCAUCUAUGUUCUGACCGUGAGUUAGGCACACCUGAAGCGUGCAUUGACAUCAGGGGCCCCAGCUUCAUUUCUACCCUUGCACAUACCCUACUAACACCAUCCCGCUUUGGAAGUUCUCCAAGACAGCAGCAGUAAGCCAGGGCCUCUGGACUGCCUCGUUAUUUCCCCAGGUUUGACACUGACUUCACCGCUAUAUGCAGUGAUUGGUUUCCAGGGUCCUGUCCAUCUUCUUUAUAUACCCACCUCAAGAUGUCCCUGUUGCCCUGUUUUAUGGUUGACCUGCUCACUGUUUUGGGCAGUGUGAGGUACAUUGAAGGCCUGAGAAUGUCCAGUGUGGCCCUCAUAUGGCAUGGUCUCCAAGGCUGUUUUCCUUUACCCCUUUAACCAUCACCUCUCUUCUCCCGCCCCUCCAGAGAAAUGUAACUCAUGAUUAUAUGUAGGAACUUGCCCUCCCUCCCUGGGUGCACACUUGAACAACCUAGCUUAAAAGCUAACAGUGAAAUCAGGGUUGACUUCACAUGAAGACUAAAAGCUCUGUAUAAAAAAAUCAUUAUGAUUUAAUUGCAUUUUUCCCAAGAAUUUUUUUCUUGACUGUGCCACGUGCCUGUGGAAUCCCCCUGUCCAGAAAUCUAAAAUGUACCCCGUGAUGUGGAUGUGUGGAAUCCUCACCACUAGACUGCUGGCAAAUUCCCUACUCUGGGUUCUUGAUGAUCAAUUUUUGUUUUCCAUAUGUCUGUUUUUCACCUGUGUGUUCUGUUCGGUAAACUUUCUAUUCACAUAUUUGCGCAUCUUUGUCUUCUGAGAUUUGGCCAUUUUAUCUUAUUUGACAAGAAGGAAAGGAAAGAAACAACAAAGAUAUCUGUUAAAUUUCACCAAUAAUAUGAGUGAUUUUUUUCCUGCAUGGAAUUCUAGUUCAGAAUAUUGGAAGUUUGUGUUCUCAAUGUUUAUACUAUUUGUAAUGUAAUUGCUACAUACAUCAUGUAUGUUUUUGAUAAGUCUGCUUUAUUAACAUAUGUUAACCUAUUCUUAAGUGCAGACAUUUAAUUACACUGUAAUUAAAUCAAGCCCUGUUUCACAGUGUUUGCUAAUUUCCCUGGUGUAAAUGUUCACACAAUUACCAAUGUCAAAUUGUGAACAUAAUAUCACUGAAAUGGAGUUGGGAAGCACUGCCAGUAGCCCACCAUUGUAUGGUUUUUUCCCCCUUACAGUCCCAGUAGCCACAAAAUAUUUUAGGAAUGUAGCUAGUAAACCAUAGUAAAAUGAUUAUGGAUAGUUUUUGCUAAAUUGUUUUUUAAAUAGUUUACUGAAUGUAUAUUUGAUUUAAGUUUUACAUAUUUAGAAUGUACAUUUAGACAUACUUGUGUACAUCCUUCAAACCAGUUUCCUUCUGCCAUUUAAAAUUUAUCUUCAACAUUGUAAUCACUGGUGCAAGAGUAUAUUCCAGUUUAGUAAUGACUAUUUUCAUAUAUAUGUACAAAUGGAAUGACUGUGUUGGGCCCUUCCUGUAUCUUAUAUCAUUUAUCCUGUUAAUACACAUUUUUUUGUGUUUGUGUAUGAUGAUUUACUUAGUCGUUUUUAAGUUUUAUAAUCCAGGUAUCGUGUCUUUCAAUUCAUAACUUGUUAGAAUGCAUUUCUAAAAUAAAAGAAGCCUUUUCAUAACUUCAGUAACUAA